UGUCUCUUGACUCUGUGUUUGUCAGACGGCAGUGAAGACCCAGACACCACUCCUUUCCUGGAGAUCGCUGACCAGAAGGGAAACCCGCUGAAGAUCCCCCACAAGGAGAAGAAGGCUCUGAUCCUGGCCAUGGGUUUCCACGAGAAGGGUCGUUCUCUGAUGAAGAAGAAGCAGUUUGACAACGCUCUGUGUCACCUGCUGCAGGCCGACCAGCAGUUCAGUAAGUGCGGCUCGGCGCUGCUCAGCUCGGUGGAUAACUUCGCCGUCCUGCAGCUGGACAUCGUGUGGUGCUACCGCGCUCUGGAGGCUCUGUCCUGUCUGGACGACGGGAAGAGUCGCCUGCAGAGGGCCGAGGACUGUUUCCUGCAGUGUUACGGAGAGCAGCAGCAGAGGCUGCGCAUGAUCAAGGGUAACACAGGCAGAGAGGAGGUGUUGUUUCUCCGGCUGUACCUCCUCCAGAGUCUCCUCUCCUACAUCGAAGGAAAUGACGCUCAGGCCCGACACCAGCUGUCCAAAGUGGAGUCUCUGUACAGCCGUCUGUCUCUGGACUCAGAGAAAAUGGCUCAGCUGAUGACGCUGGGUUUCACUGAGAGAGAAGCUCGCCUCGGCCUCAGAGCGUGUCAGGGAGACCUGCAGGAGGCCGCCAUCCACAUCAGCAACCAGAGACAGGAGCGAGAGGAGCUGAAGCAGAGGGAGAGGAGGAAGAGGAGCAGGAGGAUGGAGGUCAUCUCCACCCUCACAGAGCUGGGAUUCUCCAGGAGAGACGCCGCCAGAGCGCUGCACCACGCUGACGGAGACGUGGACAAAGCUUACGAGAUCCUCCUGGACUCCAGUCAAGCUGCUCUGGUCACCAACAACAACACAGAGGGGGUCGGAGAGCAGAAGGUGGAGCAGCUGCUGUACCUGGGCUUCGAGAGGGGCGUGUCCGAAGCGGCUCUCAGGCUGACCGGCGGAGACGUCCAAUCAGCCACUCAGCUGCUGCUGGACAACCAGGGCGUCCUCUCCCCGGAGCUCCUGUCUGCGUCCCCGCCCUCCACCUCCUCCUCCUCCUCCCCCUCCUCCGAGGAGCCCAGCACCUCCUCCAGCUCCACAGCGGACGUGGAGUUGGUGAACGAGGUGUUGGAGGACAUCUCGCGUCACGAGGAGGAUUAUCUGGACCUGACGCUGGAGGAGGAGAGCGAGCUCAUCGCCACCAUGAAGACCUACCUGAACCGAGGGCCCGCACACACCGUGUGACACUGUCGCACUCAGAGCAGAGACUUCACGGUGCCAAACCAUGAGACAGCACACAGUCACUCCGCCUCACAAAUAAUGAGUAGCAUUUUAUUUUCAAACUGUUUCCUCUUCCCAAGAACUUGUUGAACCAGAACUUUAAUUUGUGACACUAAAAUGUUCGUUGAAAGCUUCUUCAGCUGGAACAAAGCAGCACUUUUCAGACUAAUUCGUCUGCUGUUUCUUUUUAUUUUCUCUCUGAAUGGAUAAAUAUUGUUUUCUAAAUGAAAUCACUGGUUGUCUGACCGUUUGUGGAACAAACCAAAGGAAGUUGUUGUGUUUUAAAGACAGCAAUACGUUUUCUCUCUGUGUGUAAACUGAUUUAAAGUGAAACUUUAUUUAAAUUCAUUUCAUGUUAACGUUGAGUUCCCUGUGAUUGUCUCAUGUUGAUGGAGCCAAUAAAGAAAAUGAAGGUUUA